GUCACGUGAGAGGAGCUUAUGGUCAUCAGCCCGUCUCUGGUUGGUCUGCCGUUGGCCGUCUAUAACUCCCGCCACUAGUGCCAAUUCCUGCCUAAACUGCUGGGUGUGUUAUAACCAACCAUCUUUCCGCCUUUGCGGCCUGCAGAAUUUCAAGAAAAUACUGCCGCUUCCGCCAAAGAACUUUUCGCAGUUGCUCCCUCCACUUCGUCUGUCCCUCUUCCUCCUCCAAUUUUCCCCGCGGCAUAUACAUUCUCGUCCAUCAUGGCGCCUCUCGUUCCCUCGCAGGAGGAGCUUGAUCGCAGAAGGAUCGUCGACAUCAACCCAGAGACCGUCUCCAACAUCCCCUCCACAGAUUUUCCUGGUCACUGGCCCGGCGAGUCGCACGAAUGGUCCCUCGAAAAGUUCAAGAAUGAUCUCAAGAUCGACUUCCACCGCAACGAGCGAUUCGAAUCCUCCUUCUCUCUCAUCGGAGUCGACGCCUCCAUUGCCAAUGCCUUCCGUCGCAUUCUCAUGGCUGAGGUGCCCAGCAUCGCCAUCGAAUACGUCUUCGUCCACAACAACACCUCUGUCAUUCAGGAUGAGGUUCUCGCACAACGUCUGGGUCUGAUUCCCCUCAAGGGUUCCGUGGAGGGCAUCAACUGGAUGCGCUGGUUCAAGAAGCCUACCGACGACGAUCCCAAUGGCAGCAGUCCCGCCGAUUACAACACCAUCGUCUUGCGCUUGGACGUCGAAUGUACCAAGAACCCCAACGCGGAUCCCGAGGAGACUGACCCCCGCAAACUCUACAAGAAUGCGCACGUCUACGCCAAAGAUAUCACAUUCCACCCCGUCGGUCGCCAGGAACAGUUCUUUGCUGGCGAUGACGCAAUUCAGCCCGUCAACCCGGACAUCCUGGUCGCCAAGCUUCGCCCCGGUCAGGCGAUUGAAAUGGAACUUCACUGUAUCAAGGGUAUCGGUGCCGACCAUGCCAAGUUCUCCCCUGUCGCCACGGCCACCUACCGUCUACUACCCGACAUCAAGAUCCUCCGCCCCAUCAUCGGUGACGAUGCCAAGAAGUUCGCCAAGUGCUUCCCCAGCGGUGUCAUUGGCCUCGAGAAGGUCACUCGUGAGGAGGCUAAGCAGAAGGACAGCGGAUAUGAGGGCCACGAGGGCGAAUUGAAGGCCGUUGUUGUGGAUCCCUUCAAGGAUACCGUCAGCAGAGAGUGUCUGAGACACGAGGAGUUCCAGGGCAAGGUCAAGCUCGGUCGCGUCCGCGACCACUUCAUCUUCAACAUCGAGAGUGUUGGCCAAUUCGAAAGCGACACCCUCUUCCUGGAGAGCGUCAAGGUCCUGAAGCUGAAAUGCGCAAGAUGGAAGCGCGGCUUGACGGACCUUAUGCGCUAAGUCAAAGCCAUUUGGCUCCGCCUUCCGUGAAAAAUGAUUCAAAGCUAUAUAAUGCAUUGGCCUGGCGUUGGAUUGUCUUGUUGAUUUUGUACAUUUUACGAAAAGUUGGUGACAACCUUCUUUACACUUGU